CAUGUUUAUAUCUGAAUGAUAUUACUCUUGGAAGAACAAGUAUCAUGACGGUUAUGGAGAAAUUUGUGCGUUGAUGUUCUGCUGGGUGUCACGUGACUCGUGUUCUUUUCAUGUGGCAUUGGAUGGUACCUUUUGUGGGACAAAUAAGGUCUGUUCAAAUGGUUUCUGUAUUGGAAACAGCGAUUCAAGCAAGACCAGCGCCAUGUCAGCACCAGCUGAGUUUUGUCCCUUUGGAGAUCAAUUACCUCCCUUGGAACCUGAAGGUGCCGUGUGUUCACAAGUAGUUCGCGAUGAACCAUACAAAUGUUAUGAGAGAGAAUUAUAUGCAUCCUGUUGCGCAUCAUGUAAUGCCAUUCAUACUAUUUUACCCGGUUGUGAAUAUGGUGACAAGAAGUCGAGCUGCGCUUCAGUAGGUCGUUUUGAAUGUCUGAUAGAUUCUUCAACAUGUUGCGCAACGUGUGCUGUAUACGCGGCAGACCUUAAAGAUUGGAAGUUCCCUGUUGUCGUAGGAGUUGUGGUUAUUGGUACGUGUCUCAUUGGCAUCAUGAUCUACUAUAUGGUUAGAAGGCUUCUUCAUAAGAAAUCGAGAACAUCUGGAUGCAUGGUCAGUUACACGAAUGAGCUACCAGAACACCAAAGAACACAGGUGUUUGCAGUUUAAUCGUCAGGAGCAGUUCUCUCAAAUAUAUGACAAGCCAACCAUAGACAUAACAAGAAGCACCGCAUUUAAAUCUCAAGUGUAUGAGCGACAGCAGCAGCAAUAAAUCGAAUACUUUCCGCUUAUUCCAUGUCAACAUCAUCAGCCAAGUACUUCAUCUUCAUAAAGUUAUUAUAUUGUACUCUUCCAAAUAAGCAUCGAUAUGUUCACAUUUUCUUUCAUGUUACAUGUACAUUUAGAAAAUAACAUAACAUUUUCAAUUGUCAAAUAUUUCUUCUGUUGUUAUCUAUAUUCAAGUAAAUGUUUAACUUCCACGAUAAACAGUCUUAAGAUAAUUGUCUGAUAUUUAGCUGCGACAUUGUCAUUUACUAAAUUGUAAAAGGUGUUAAGAAAUACCAAAG